GCUUGCGCUUCCGGACAUGUGACUGCUGCUGCAGCAGCUGAUUCAGGCUCCCUGACCACACGUCCCACGUUCGGCACCACAGUUUACUCAUUUGCGAGCUGCCCACUCGAAUUAAAACUAAACGAAUGCAUUCGCGAUUCGGCUUCGAGUGCCAGACGCGUCACCAACAGCAGCAGCAACACCUGCACCAUCAGCACCAACACCAACACCAGCAUCAGCAGCAGCAGCAGCAGCAACAGCAACAACACCAGCAGCAGCAACAGCAGCAACUCCACCAUCAGCAUCAUCUUCUGCCCGAAUUGGAUAUCACGACACCGCCGCCGAUCAGCGCCGCCGCCUACACGAAUCUACUGGAAAAGUGUCGCUGCAAACUGCAGUCCCAGUCCCAGUCCCCGGCGCCGCUGCCAGCCGCCCAGCUGCAGCUGCAACUGCACCACCACCACCAUCAUCACCACCACCAGACGUUCGUGGCCACCGCCAGCGCCGUUAACUACAGCAGCUGCACGGCAUUAGGUGCCGCCGCCGCCGCCGCUGCCGCCUCCUCCUCCGCGACCUCCAGCCCGUCAGCAGCAUCUACUGCCAUGUACCACCACCACCAUCAUCGACGCCACAACAACUUGUCCUAUUGCGGUGUUUCCGGACAAGAACAAAAUUAUCAAGUGCAAUAUGUGGACUCGGAGCUGUACCACAGCAACUCCAGCCAGACCCAAAUGACAUAUCCGUUCUGCCCGGUGGGCGACUACCAGAGCAAUGGCCAGACGUAUUACUCCACCACGGCGGCGACGGGCAAUUAUACGACCACGUCGGCGGGCAGCUCUGGCAAUGCACACUCGACGACGCUGCCGUACCUGGUGCCCGUGGACGAUAGCCUCCUGUUGAAUGGGUCCUCGCAGUCGCACAGCCGGGACUCGCCGCACAGCCUGUCGCAUGAGGUUGCCUACAUACAGGAGGCGCAGAGCACGCCCCAGACGCCCACCUCGACAACAACCACAAACUCGGCCAGCGGCGGCAGCAUCGGCAACGGGGCCGAUGGGGCGUCGCCUGACAGUGACCAGAGUGCGAUGGGCACCAGCAAUAAAAUUGCCUCGGCAACGAUUAAGUGGCUGUCGCGCAACUACGAGACGGCCGACGGAGUCAGUCUGCCACGGUCCACGCUGUACAACCACUACAUGCAGCACUGCAACGAGCAGAAGCUGGAGCCAGUGAAUGCAGCCAGCUUCGGCAAGCUAAUACGCUCCGUGUUCUCCGGCCUGCGCACACGUCGCCUGGGCACUCGCGGCAACUCCAAGUACCACUAUUAUGGUAUUCGCAUCAAGCCCGGCUCGCUGCUAAUCCAUCAAUCCAUGGAGGACAAAUCUAUGCAGGGAUACGGCGCAUCGCCGGGCCACGGCAACGGCAACGGCAACGGCAAUGGAGCCAUCGCCAGUGUCAGCAGCAGCAAUGCCAACCAGCUGGGCAGCUCCAAUGGCAGCAAUGGCAUGUCCACAUCUUCGGGUCAGCGCACAGCCGGGGCCAAGAAGCACAAUUUCAAGCCGGAAACCUACGAGGCUUGCAUACAGUAUAUUGGCGACGGUGCCGGCGCCAUGCCCGUAUUUCCGCCCAUCGAACUGAGCCACAGCUUUCACAGCGAACUCACCCUGGACGAUGUGGACACGUUCCGUGCGCUGUACCGUGAGCACUGCGAAUCGUUUUUGGAUGCUGUACUCAAUCUCGAGUUUGGCACUGUCGAAUUUUUGCUACGCGAUUUCUGGCGCACCUCGGACAACAACAAUCUGGACGAGUGCGAGGAGGAGAAGUACUUGAGCAAGACGAAGCUGUAUCUGUUGUGCCACUGCGCAGAAGUGCAAAAGUUUGUGCGCGAGGUGGACUAUCAAUUCUAUCAAAACACGGUGGACGUUAUAAUACCGGAUGUUUUGCGCUCGAUACCCAACGCGCUGACUCAGGCCAUUCGCAACUUCGCCAAGAACCUGGAGUUGUGGCUGUGUGAGAGCAUGAUAGGCGUGCCGGAACAGUUGUCCCAGAUCAAGACUAGCGCCGUUUCUGCAUUUUGCCAGACGCUGCGUCGCUACACAUCGCUGAAUCACCUGGCACAGGCGGCACGCGCCGUUCUCCAGAAUGGUGCGCAGAUAUCCCAAAUGCUCAACGAUCUGAAUCGCGUGGACUUUCACAAUGUGCAGGAGCAAGCCGCCUGGGUGAGUCAGUGUGCUCCGGCUGUGGUGCAACGUCUGGAGAGCGACUUCAAGGCAGCCCUGCAGCAGCAGAGCUCACUGGAGCAGUGGGCCAGUUGGCUGCAGCUGGUCGUCGAGUCCGCGAUGGAGGAGUACACAGGGAAGCCGAGUUACGCACGUGCCGCCCGCCAGUUUCUGCUCAAGUGGAGCUUUUACAGCUCCAUGAUCAUACGGGACUUGACGCUGCGGUCCGCGUCGAGCUUCGGCAGCUUUCACCUGAUUCGACUGCUGUUCGACGAGUACAUGUUCUACCUGGUGGAGCACAAGAUCGCCGAGGCGCAGCAGAAGACAGCCAUUGCGGUUAUUUGUGAGCGCAUGAAGAAGGAAAUGGACUUUGAGUUCGAGUGCCAGUUCGCCUACAUAACUAGCGACGGGGAGCAGCAGACAGCGGCCAGCUCGGUCAGCGGUCCGGCAGUGGUGGCAGCAGCAGCAGCCGCAGCCGCUGGAGGAGCCCCAAGUGCGGGCAACGAGGCCAAGCGCCUGAAGCAGGAAUGAGAAAUGAGCCCUGCUCGCCCGAAUCGACAGAGUAUUUGUAUUUGUAGAAUUUGUGUUAACCUAAAUUAUUCGGCUAUACCCAUUCGAUGUGCACGACUCCCAAAGCAAAGUUCACUUCACCUGUGCAUUUAAUAGUCAACGGGAUGUUUCUGUGUAUGUAUGUAUUCGUGUAUUGUUAGGUUGUAACUUAAGUUCUGCUCAGCUGUUAACGUAAUCAGUUAAAGUAUACAUGUGUGUAUAUCUGUAUGUACAUAUAUGUACAGUCAGACAUAUGUAUAGGCAAAUGCAUAAAUAAUGAAGAUGAAUUGCCCCCGCAUUCAAGUGAAGAACCGUCCAAGCAGCAAGCUAGUCAUGCCCCUGCAGCGUUGACCUUGUCUGAUGAUCUGUUUAUGUAAUCGCACGAGAUGCAUUUUAGUUUAGUAAGUACAUGUGCAUUAGUAUUUGUGAACGUAGCGUCUAACUGAACUACUACUAUACUAUACUUGUGUUAGCUCUUAAGGAAAGGCGUAUUGUCACAACAGUUUUGUCUGGUUUCAAUGAUCAAUUGUACAGCAUAGCGCUCGGCGCGUACAUGCAAAAAGCACAUACACUCACACAUACACAUUUAUAUAUAUUUAUGUAUACAGACGUAGGUACGCACAGGUAAAGAUCCACCAAAUGCACCAAUUGAAAACUGUAUAGACUAGUUAAG